AUGAGUAUGAAUCUAAGAAAGAAAAAGGAAAUCUGUUACAGGGGUAAAAUUGUGAAAGAUCUCCUCACCCACCUCACCUGCGACUGCGAGCGACGACUGCCACGGCGCAGAAGCGUCGGAUCCGGCGUUAACACCCCAUCACCAAUGCGGCCGGCACGCGCGCUUCCGCUGCCGCACUUCACUCUCCCGCCGCUUGCCGGCGAGGACCUCGCCUUCGUUACCGUCCUCCGUGCCCACCUCUCCUCGCCGGAGAUCGCGCCCUCCUCCCUCUCCGGCUUCCUACCCCAACUCAACCCCCUCCGCCUCUCACACCUCCUCCUCUCCCCGCCUCGGGUGGCCCACGACCUCCUCGGCUCCAUCCUCCCCUCGCCGCCGCCCCCGCUCCCCUUCGCCCUCCUCCUCCACGCCCUCACCCCGCGCCGCUCCUCCGAGCUCCUCGCCUCCCUGCUCCCCUCCGUCUCGCACCACGCCUUCCCGGAGCUCCUCCACCACCUCAUCUUGACCGCUCGCCUCGCCGCCGGCAGCCGCGGCACCGGCGCCGCAGUGCCGGCCGUCGACGUCCUCUUCUCUGCUUGCGCGCGCCGAAACAAGCUCUCUCAGGCCACGCUCACCUUCCGCGCCAUGCGUGCGCAUGGCCUGCUCCCGCGGGUCGAGUCCUGCAACGUCUUCAUCUCCGCGGCGCUCCGCCUGAAGCGCCCCGAGAUCGCCGUGUCCUUCUUCCGGGAGAUGCGCCGGUGCUGUAUAUCGCCCAACAUGUACACGGUCAACAUGGUGUUGCGGGCGUUCUGUGCCCUGGGGCGGGUCGCCGACGCGGCCAUGGUGCUCGAUGAAAUGCCGGAUUGGGGGGUUGAUAAGACGGUGGUCAGCUUCAACACGCUGAUCGCUGCUUAUUGUAAGGAGCAUGGUGGUCUGGAACAUGCGCUGGAGCUGAAGAAGAGGAUGGAGCUGGAGGGGCUAGCGCCCAGCGAGGCAACCUAUAACACGAUCCUCCAUGUGCUGUGCAAGGAGGGGAGGAUGCACCAGGCGAAUCGUUUCUUGAGCGAAAUGAAGGCGAAGAGGGUUGUGCCGAACACAGUGACAUACAAUACUCUGAUUUAUGGGUAUGUCAUGCAUGGUGAUAAUGGCACAGCGUGGAGGGUUCAUGAAGGGAUGGUUAAGAAUGGAGUCGAGCUUGAUAUCAUAACUUACAAUGCGCUCAUUCUUGGUCUUUGCCGGGAUGGGAAGAUAAAAAAAGCUGUGCAUUUGUUUCAGCAGCUUGACAGGUCCAAGCUUGAACCGAAUGCUUCAACUUUCUCAGCGUUGAUUCUUGGAUACUGUAUGGCGCAGAAUUCAGAGCGAGCACUGCAACUGUUGAAUGUGAUGAAAAAAUCUGGCUUCCAUCCAAAUUACGACACAUAUAAGAUUGUUAUAUCUACUUUCUGCAAGAAUAAGGAUUUUGAAGGAGCAGUGGAUGUGAUGAAGGAGCUUCUCGAGAUGUGCAUGGCUCCUGACAAGGCCUUAUUGCAUGAAUUCUUUGAAGCCCUCUCAAAGGCUAAAAAACUCCACCUAGCAGAAGGUCUGCAGUCAGCUGAUAAAGGCGGAAAGUUUAUUCUAUCUAUCUACUAUACUGGUGAUUACAGGAACAACGGCGAAGAGAAAACUGCAUGUUAA